GAUUCUUACGAGCUCAUUUUAGGACUUAAAAGAUUAAACCUUUUUACGUUUCUUCAAAAUUCACUCUAUAAUCAAUCAAUCUGUUCUUACAGAUUACUGAUUUUCAUUUUGUAAAUCUCAUUUCGAUCGAUCAAUUGAUGCUUCAAGAUUUUCUCAACUUAUUACAUUCGAUGUCGAUUAUCAUGUAAAAAUAGCAAAUCUAGGGUUUCCAAUUUUUCUUGAUUCCUUUGUAUGUAUACAAUACUUCCCCCCGAUUGUAAUCUUAAUCUUGCUGCUGCUGUGACGGAAAAUGGAGAGUUCUCGCAGAUCCUUCGAAAGAUCGCGAGAACAACCGGGUCUCAAGAAACCUAGGUUAGCGGAAGAAGUCAUUUCCGACCGCAGCAGACCCUUUGGCCAAAGACCCACACCUUCUGGUGCGGCGGUAACGAGAUAUAGAAGUGUCGAUAUCGAUAGAGAUAGAGAUUUGGAGAGUAACGAUUCGGUGAGAGGAACCUAUUCGCAACAGCAACAGCAGCAGCAGCAACAGAAUGAGCUCGUGAUUCGGUACAAGACUGCGAUUGCGGAGCUGACUAUUAAUUCCAAACCCAUCAUCACUAACUUGACGAUUAUUGCCGGUGAGAAUUUGCAGCACGCCAAGGCAAUUGCGGCCAUCAUCUGUUCUCAUAUACUUGAGGUACCAAAUGAGCAAAAGCUUCCAUCACUUUAUCUCUUAGACAGUAUUGUGAAGAAUAUAGGAAGGGAUUACAUAAAAUACUUUGCUGUCAGACUACCCGAGGUUUUCUGUAAGGUAUAUGGACAGGUUGAGCCUUCCAUGCACACUAGUAUGCGGCAUCUCUUUGGGACAUGGAAAGGAGUUUUUCCACCAAAUUCACUUCAGAUGAUUGAAAAUGAAAUUGGUAUUCCAACUGCUGUCAAUGGCUCAUCAUCAAGUUCUGCUUCAACCAGACCUGAUUCACAGUCUCACCGUCCAGCACAAAGUAUUCAUGUCAACCCCAAGUAUUUGGAGGCAAGGCAGCGCAAUCAGCAGUCAAACAGGGUGAAAAGUACUGUUGAUGACUCUGGAGUAGUUCACAAUUCUUCUGAAAUAUUGGAUAGGAUAACUGGUGCUGGUUCUGGGAAUUUGUUGUCGGGCCAUCCUACCAAGUUGCUGGAUCCACGUAGAGAGGCAUUUGGAAGGCCUGCCCCUGUAAAAAAAAUUAAUCCAGUUUUUGAAGAUAUUGAGUUUACUUCUGAACUUCCUAGGCGCCCAAACAUUGGAAUGGGACGUGUUUUAGAUCAAGAUUUGGAGAAACUUUGGCAUGAAGAUAGUGUUACAAGGACUAUAUCAGGCCAACGAAAUGGUUUUGAUGAUAAGCCAGGAAUAAAGAGUUUCCCACCAUCCAAAUCGUCACAGAAUGAUGUUCAGUUAAAGGCAAGUGGAAAUAUCUCCAGUAGAAGCAGCAGCACUGGAAUGAAUAGGAAUUGGAAAAAUUCAGAUGAAGAAGAGUUCAUGUGGGAUGAUAUAAAGCCUGGAUAUACUAAUGAUCAUGAAAUGGUUGGUCAAGGAAAAUUUCAAUGGAUGGAUGACACUGAUGAAAGGGGAAUAAAGUCUAGAGAAGCUUCAGCUGACAUGUUAAUGGUGGAACCGAAUGACGCAGAGGAUCAUAGGUCAUUACAAAAUGCUGGCCCACAUUCAAAAGACGGAAACCAUUCAAGUUAUUUAGAAUCAUUACCAAAACCUCGUACCAGCUUAUCAUCAAGAACCGGAAGCUCGCAAUCAGCAGCAUUACCAUUAUACCAACCACCAACUAUUGGAACAUUGCAAACCGAGGCUAAAACAAAUUAUAAACCUUUGACAUCCCGAUACUCUCCUCAGGUACUCCUUGGUACAACAACCGAGCAAACUUUUCCGCAAACUCAGAUCCCUCAUUCGGAUUUAAGAAACUCUCAAACUCCGGGAUUGUUAAACAAGAUGCCUCUACGUCCACAGCUUCCCCCAAAAGGGCACUUGCAAAAAACACAACCUUAUGUACCUUCUGGCCCUAAACAGCCUCCAACUUCCGGUCAAACGAAGAAAUCAAACUUAAAGGGAGAUUCUUCCAACCAUCUUUUGUUGAAAUCGUCAGGGAAGGGCAGUUCGAGUAGUUUGUUGGAUUCCAUCAUGAAAAGUACUGUAGUUCCUCCAUUGUCUCAUGAUGAAACGUCGACGAACAUAAAUAUUUUGGAGGGAAUGGUAGAAGAAGAAGAAGAUAUACCCAUUGAUCUUCUUCCUCCACCUCGGGUUGAUGGUUCAUCUGUAAAAACGUCUAAUCCAAAUCCUGUAUCAAGUCUUCUAGGUUCAUUGGUAGCGAAAGGCUUAAUAUCUGCAUCAAAAAAGAAAGAUCCUCGAAAACUUGAAUCAGAGACGAUCCCUUCCGUUGCCAAGAAUGAAGGCAGUUUGGAGCCAUCCAAAGAACUAAAAUCUCUCAUCGGUUAUGAAUUCAAGCCAGCCGUAAUUCGGGAGCCAAACUCAAACGUGAUUGGUGAACUUGUUCUCCUGGAUGGCGAUCUUCAUCACCCGUGCUUAAUUUGUGGGCUUAAGGUUAAGUUUCAAGAACAACUCGAUAAACAUAUGGAGUGUCAUGCUUUGAGAAGUCCGGAACUGAAUGCUUUUGUUAAGGCUUCAAGGAAAUGGUACGGGAAUGCAGACGAUUGGGUUGAUGGAAAAAAUGCAUUUCCAUACGUUCACGAAUGCGUUGUUGAUAACUCGGGGCGAGAGAGCGAGGAAUUUGAUGAUGAUGAAAUGGUCCUCGCUGACGAAAGUCAAUGUGUUUGUGUUUUGUGUGGCAAUGGUUUUGAAGAUGUGUAUUCAGAAGGAAGGGGAGAAUGGAUGUUCAAAGGUGCUGUCUACAUGAGCAUAUCAUCUAGCGAUGGUAAAUUAGUAACAUUUCCAAGAGAAGAUUCGUCGUUCGAGGGUUUAAUUGUUCAUCCUGAAUGCAUAACCGAAAGUACAAUCGACGAUUUGGAAUUAAAAUGAAAAGGUGGCCCUAAAGACGACAAAAUGAAGAGGCAUGAUUUGACGACGAUUGAUUAAUGUUGAAUUUUCAUGUAUGGAGAGAAAUGAUAAUAAGUGUAUGAUGGAGAGAUUUGAAUUCUCAAUCUUAUGUUGUAACAGAGGAAGGUUUUUGGUAAAAAGGAUUGUUCUUUAUAAAUUGACAGAUUUAGCAAAGACAGGAAUGGAGAAAAGCUAAAAGGAGAGACACAUAGAAUAGAUUAUUGUUUUUCUUGCACAAUUUUAUAUAACUAAUUGAGAUUCAGAUUUUAUUAAACUUAUUUUUCUAAUUAUAUUAUGGGUCAUA